AUGGCAAUCCUCAUGUCUCUUUUCCCUCCACACACUCAACUCUUCUGGUCAUGCGUGGGCAUCUACGCCGAUGUCAUCAAGCUUUGUUCUCCAAGCAAACGACUGCAACGACUCGCUGAAGAGUUAGCCAAAUUCAGCAGAAGACCUCCCGAGACUGCCGUUGAGUCCUUGACGAGAUGCAUGAACGAAGCCACCUCGCUCGCCCAGUACGAGAAGUGCACUAUUGCCUUGGACAAGCUGCAAGGACAUGAGGCAUGGAAAGAGGAGAAAGAGUCGAUUGAACCUGGUUACAAUCCGGACACCAUCCAAACUCAGGUUGACAUGCUUCACAAGGCGGUGGCCGCCUCGGACCUGAGUGCGAUGCGGCACCUCCUGAGAACGGGCCUCAGUCGCGAUCUCGGAGGCAUGAAUAUGUUACGCUUAUACAAACAUUCUUGGUUCGGCACCAAAUUUCUGAUAGACGAGUACAUCAACACUGUUUUAGACACGAUCGACGCCUUUGCCGACACAACCAUCCGUUUGAAUGCCCAUACGACCGAGGUUCGAGCAUGCCAGCAAUCGUUAGAAGACGCUCUUAAAUAUUUUGGACGAUCGGCACUAACGUUAUCUGGUGGAGCGCUGCUCGGUAUGAAGCAUAUUGGCGUAGUCAAGACUUUGUGGGAAGCCGAGUUACUCCCCGAGAUCAUUUCAGGAGCAUCAGCGGGAAGCAUAGUCGCCGGCAUAGUUGGAAGUUCGACCGACGAGAACAUGGUUGAGGUCCUCGAGCAUUUCCCGUUUUCCGACUUGGCUGUCUUCGACCCUCCUGGGACUGAUCGACUUGGAUGGCUCGUUCAGCGAGUUCGGACAUUCCUUUAUACUGGCGCGUUUUUCGACAUGGAGAAUCUGAAAAGGGUAAUGAAAACAUGGCUGGGGGACAUCACUUUCCGGGAAGCACACUACAAGACCGGUCGAGUCCUCAACAUAUGUGUCUCUAGCGCCGGAAGUGCGGAGCCACGACUUUUGAACUAUGUGACCGCUCCAGACGUUUUCGUUUGGUCUGCCAUCUGCGCUUCAUGUGCCGUCCCUAGUGUCUUCUCACCGGUCAACAUUUAUGAGAAAGAUCCCAUCACGAGGGCCGAAAUACUGUGGAUGCAGAGUGCCCAGCAAACAUUUGUGGACGGUUCUCUUGACCAUGACAUUCCCAUGAGAAAAUUAUCUGAAAUGUUCAAUGUCAACUUCUUCAUUGUAUCUCAGGUCAACCCACACGUUCGGGCUUUCCUAGAACCGGAGGAGAAAUUCCGAGGACGACAGCCCAAGACCCCUGUUCCACGGCGGAAUCCUCUCCAGGUGGCCAAGGGCGUCCUCAGGCGCGAAAUUAUCCACCGAGCCCAACAACUUGCAGAUCUCGGCUUUCCACAAAGAUGGUACCGAUGGGCUUCGGUAUUCAAUCAACAGUAUACGGGUGAUAUCAACAUUUUUCCUGAGAUCAGAUCCAGCGAAUAUCUCCACAUGAUGACGAACCCAACUCCGGAGUUCAUGCUCGAAGCUACUGUGGCUGGAGAACGAGCAACGUGGCCUAGGAUGUGUCGAAUCAAGAACUGCGUCGCCAUCGAACUCGCUUUGAUACAGGCUAUACAUAUUCUGCGAGACAGGGUAAACUUUGGCCCGGAGGCCAGAGCCGCUCGCGAGCCUAGGCGGUCCAGCAGCAGAGGUCGUUCAAGCCGAGGCCGUUCAGCUCGCCCAGAAUUUCUGAGAAGACGAAGCCUCAGCAUCGAAUCUCCUGUCGGAGGGCAAAAUGGUCUGACCGUGCCAAACUCACUCAGGGUCCGCCGCAAUGUCAGUCUAGGAAAUAUCUCUCUGAAACCCACCAUGUCCUUCUCCCUCACUCCCCGAACCACGCCUUAUUUGUCACCUCAAGUUGGAGUCGAUCAUGACCUGAUGGGUGAUGCCUUGUUAAUGACAGCUACAAAGGAUUCGGAAUAG